AAAAUGAAUCAGAACUGCGCGCCUACUUGGGCAUGAUUAACUUUUAUGGCAAGUUUGUGCUGAACAUGUCAACCGAGCUGAAGCCGUUGUAUGACUUAUUACAGAAGGGCACAAAAUGGCGUUGGUCAAGGGCAGAAGACAACGCAUUCAACAGAAGUAAGGCGUGGCUUACGCAUGAAAACGUCUUAACGUUCUAUGACCCAAAAAAGGAAUUGGGGCUUGUAUGUGACGCUUCAGCGUACGGAGUGGGAGCGGUUCUUUUUCACAGAGUUGGGAAUGAUGAGAAACCGAUUGCUUAUGCAUCACGAACUCUGAGCAAGGCUGAAAAGGGUUACGCCCAAAUUGAAAAAGAGGCCCUAGCAGUUGUUUUUGGGUUGAAAAAGUUUCACAAGUAUCUGUAUGGCAGAAAUUUCAGCAUCUAUUCGGAUCACCAGCCGUUGGCAGGGCUGUUAGGUCAUGAAAAACAAAUUCCGGCGAUGUCAGCAGCCAGGAUGCAGAGGUGGGCUCUCUUACUUGCUGCCUACAGUUACAAGUGGGUUUAUCGGAAGGGUAGCCAGAUUCAGAAUGCUGAUGCGCUGUCACGUCUGCCUUUGCCCAACGUGAACGAUAGCUCAGACUACGUCAGUUUCUUUUCGGCGGUGGACGAAGUGCCAUUGUCAGCUCGUGAAAUUAGGAGAGAAACUGAAAAGGAUAGUGUGAUGAAAAGAGUGUUGUUUUUCACACUGAACGGAUGGCCUUCACAUGUGGAUAAUGAGGCAUUGCAACCGUACUUUGUGCACCGUCACGAAUUGUCGGUUGACCAAGGGUGUGUAACAUGGGGAAAUCGAGUGAUCAUUCCCGAAGUGUUUAGGGAAAAAGUGUUGUCCCUGUUGCACGAGGGACAUCCAGGCACCACCAGAAUGAAAAUGCUAUCACGUAGUCACGUGUGGUGGCCUUUGAUAACAUAUGAUGUCGAAAACACUGUCAAAAACUGUAGUACUUGUCAACUAACGCAGAACGCGCCACCACGUGUUCCAUUAUUAACGUGGGGUUGGCCAACUCGCAGAUGGCAAAGGGUGCAUCUUGAUUUUGCAUACCGGGAUCAGAACUGGUUUUUGAUUGUCGUAGAUGCUCAUUCAAAGUGGGUAGAGGUGUUUCUAAUGAGUUCCACUACGACAAAAUGUACUAUCGAAAGAUUGCGAAGUGUUUUCGCCGCGUUUGGACUACCAGAAGAGGUAGUGACAGACAAUGGACCCCAGUUUGUGGCGACAGAGUUCGUAGAGUUUCUGUCGAUGAAUGGGGUACGCCACACGAAAAGUCCGCCGUACCAUCCCGCCUCAAACGGAAGCGCGGAACGGUGUGUGCAAACCGUCAAGCGGGACCUCCUGAGGCAGGUAAUCGACGAGCAACGGACGGGUGUAUCGAAAUCGAUGCAACAUCGAGUCGACCAGUUCCUGUUUGCAUACAGAAACACCCCAACUGGUACGACCGACAGAACUCCAGCCGAGCUGUUUCUCUCUUGGAAGCCUAGGACCCGUCUGAGCUUCCUUCAUCCUGAAAUGGAGAGACGCAUGAGAGAUCGCCAGCAACAAAUCAAGACAGCCGCCGACAUGAGAAGAGGCUCUUGGCGAACUUUCGAAGAAGGCGACCAAGUCCUCGUCCGGGGAUCACGUCCGACAGAUCCUGCAUGGUUGGUGGGACGUGUUAUGAAGAAAGUAAGUGCAUCAACCUACGUCGUGAUAGUGCAAGAUCAGCAUCGGUAUGUGCACGUGGAUGAUGUCCGUCCGAGACACUUCGAAGAUUCGUCUGCACAGAGAAGAAAUGUCGACACUCCGGCUGCAACACCACGAAGGGCGUCCGGUGGUUCUCGAGACAACAUGACAGAGCCUGCUGCCCUCGAUAUGGAGCCUGUUUCCGAGACAGCGGUACCGACCACACCAGUGCUUCGAAGUAGCAUACGACAACGUAGGCCACCGGAGAGGUAUUCUUGUGUGAGUCAGCCAAAACAUUGAUGGGGAAGGAGUGUUGUGUUUGAGUAUUGUUUCAAUAAAUAGCGCGAGGCG